AUGUGCACCACUCUACCUGCCUCAGGCUACUAAGGACGCAUAAGCUGCAAAGGAGAGACCACUGUUGUCAUCAUGAGGAAGCUCCUGGUUUGUGCCGUGCUCAUUGCACUUCUUGCCAUCGGUGCAGAGAGUAGCCGCGUGGUCAGGCAGGCUGAGGAGGAGGGAGAUGUGCCCGCCCCAGUCGAGGAGGAGGCUGUGGCCGCACCAGCUGAGGAGGUAGAUGUGCCCGCCCCAGCUGAAGAGGAGGCUGCACCCGCUCCGGCUGAGGAAGAACCUGCACCCGCUGAGGAAGAAGCUGCACCUGCUCCAGUGGAGGAGGCCCCACACGCAGAAGAACACAGCGCACCCGCUCCAGCUGAGGAGGAUGGCACCGCAACCAGAGUGAUGAACACCCUCAGAUCCUACUACGACCAGACCCUCAACACCGCCUCUGGAUACCUGGAGGAUAUCAAGGGCUUGAAACUGGAGGAGAAAGCCAAGAACCUGUACGUGGACACUAGCUCAGCUGUGAAGACCUACGCUGGAGUCAUGCAGGACCAGCUGUACCACAUGAUCGGGUCCCAGUAAAUAUCCCAGACCUUCAUAUUCAAUAUACUGACUCCCAAGGGUCAGUCCAAACUCAGGACAGACCAUCUCUGAUGUUGCAAGCUAGCUAGCAUGGCUUAGCUGACAUCAUCCUAACUCUAGAGGACCAAUGUGUUGGCACACCCAUCAACAAGAUCUCAACCGUGCCACUCAGAGUCUCACUGCAACAGGAAACUCGCAGCUAACCAGCUACACGUACAAUUCAAUGACUCACAUGUAUUGAUAUUUACAUGAAUCCAUCAUAUGAAUGUGGUUUAAGCACAUCAGUUCUGUGGAAAUUAUUUCUACAAGUUAUUCCAUGCCAUAUGUUCAUGUGUACUGUCAUGCAAUAAAGAAUCAUGUUGGUUUGAAAA